AUGGAAGCUAUGUUUUCAUGUGGCAGAGUUGCAUUUGCAAUUAUAACAAUAUUAUGCUGCUUCACUUCCCCUGCAAUUGCAUGCCCCUUCCCUGAAAGAAAUCUUCUCCUGGAUUUCAAGGCAGCCGUUGUAGAUGAGUAUAACACACUAACUUCCUGGCACGGAUUCAAUUGCUGCACGUGGAGAGGAGUCAGUUGUAAUCUCCGCACAGGCCAUGUUUCUCGACUGGAUCUGAGUGGAUUCAAUUUGGAAGGUAACAUCAGUUCAUCGCUGUUCCAACUUGCACGGUUGGAGCACCUCGAUCUCAGUCACAACCUCUUCAAGGGUAAAUUCAGUCCUCCCCAUAAUCGAAAGUUGAAGAGUCUCACUUUUCUUGACUUGUCAUUUGCUGGUUAUGAAAAUUAUUCCUCUCUGGAUUCUGUAUGGGAAUUUUAUGUGAGUUUGGAAAGCUUAUCAAAUCUGGCGAGCUUGGAAUACCUCUCUCUUGCUGAAGUGAACAUCUCUGCAAGCAAAGAGUGGGGUGAAGCUGUUGGCAGUCUAUCCAACCUCCAACAACUGAGCAUGUCUGACUGUGGGCUUGGAGGACAAAUUCCCAAUUCCCUUCUCAACCUCACCUCUCUGCUUCAUCUGGAUCUAUCAGACAACUAUUUGUCAGCACAUAUACCAGCUUGGUUUGAAAAUGUGACUGGGCGCUUGCUCUCUCUUGAUCUCUCUUGGAAUGAGAAUCUUGGAGGAGACAUUUCUUUCAUUGGACAACGAAAGUCUUCUUUGUCACUAACCAGCAUUGGUCUUUCAAUGACAGCCAUCAAGGGCCGAAUUCCAUCUGCUAUAUGGAAUAUCUCAUGCUUGGAGCAUCUUCGUCUUUCAUAUACCAGAAUUGAAGGUGAGAUUCCAGCUUCUAUAGGGAAUUUGUUGUCCUUGCAAAGUCUUGAUCUAUCAGAUACCAGGAUUGAAGGUGAGAUUCCAGCUUCUAUAGGGAAUUUGUUGUCCUUGCAAAGUCUUGAUCUAUCAGAUACCAGAAUUGAAGGUGGGAUUCCAUCUGCUAUAGGGAAUGUGUCGUCCUUGAAGAGUCUUUAUCUGUGUGAUAUCUCUAUUGAAGGUGAGUUUCCUGUCUCCAUACUCAAUCUCUCUAAACUUGUUGAAUUGGACCUGUCCUACAACAUGAUAACUGGGGUAAUCCCAGCUUCAUUGGACUCACUUUCUUCCCUUGUUAGUCUUGACCUUAAUGCGAACGAAUUGAAUGGUAAGAUUCCAUCUACAAUUUCAAAUCUUGUUAACUUAAGAAGCCUUUUGCUCCACUCCAAUAGUUUAAGCGGCCUCAUUUCCCUUUCCGUAUUCGAUAAUCUCACUAGUCUUGAUAGGCUGUAUCUUUCUUACAAUCAGUUAACUGUAAACAUUGAUUCAACAUGGAUUCCGGAGUUUACGCUUUCCGGUUUGGCAUUAGGUUCUUGCAAUUUAGAUAGAAUUCCAUCGUUUCUUGUGACCCAAUACGACUUGGAAUAUCUAGACCUAUCUGCUAACAGUAUCCAAACAAAUAUUCCAUCUUGGAUAUGGAACUUACCCAGCCUUUAUGAUUUGAACCUUAGCUGUAAUCAAUUAACUGGGUCAUUGCCAUCUAGACAAACCUUACCUAUGUAUAUUGACUCUCUAGAUUUGCACAAUAAUAGCCUAGAAGGUUCUCUUCAUCUUCCUCUCGCUGGAGCUUAUCUGCUAGAUCUGUCGAUGAAUCAGUUUAAUGGUUCUAUUCCUAGUCACAUCGGUGCGUAUCUUGAAAAUGCAAGGUUCUUAUCCUUGUCGCGGAAUAACCUCAGCGGAGCGAUUCCAGAUUCUAUUUGCACUCCAUAUUUGCAGGUUCUUGACCUUUCAAAAAAUACGCUGAGCAGUGUCAUUCCUCCUCAUUUAACCAGGAAUUGUUCUUCUCUUAGUGUUCUAGAUUUGGCAGAAAAUCAUCUGGAAUGUAAAUUGCCAGCAGAGUGGGGCAACAUUACAAACAUGCAUACAUUGAAGCUCAAUGGUAAUCAUUUGAGAGGAGUUAUUCCCUCAUCCAUUUCAGAAGGCCGAUCUCUGCAAGUAUUGGAUUUGGGAAAUAAUGAUUUGGAAGGCACCCUUCCCCAGUGGAUUGGAAAGCUAUCACAGCUGCAUGUGUUGGUCUUAAGGUCUAAUCAUUUUCAUGGCAGUAUCCCACGCCAGGUAAUUGGCCUUCCGAAUCUUCAAAUUCUGGAUCUUUCUGGCAACCACCUUUCAGGAGCUAUUCCAAGCAACCUUACAAACCUGCUUGCAAUGGUCAAUGCAUCGCAGAAUAAUUCAAACCAUCUCGAAGAAUACAGUUCAGGUGGUGCUACAUAUACAAAUCAGAUCAAAAUUUCCUGGAAAGGCUGGGAUGUUGAAUUUGUGAAAGUUCUCUUUAUUCUUAAAUGUAUUGAUCUUUCAAACAACAGUUUAUCAGGGAGCAUUCCUUUUAAAACGGGAUCUCUUCAAGGCUUGAUAGCCCUUAACCUUUCAAGGAAUCAUCUCAGUGGCCGAAUCCCAAAAACAUUGGGACACAUGGAACAACUAGAGUCUCUGGACCUCUCGCUAAACAGGUUGAAUGGCAACAUUCCCUUAGAACUUGAGUUCCUGAGUUAUUUGGAGUUCUUGAAUCUAUCUUACAACAUGCUUGAUGGAAAGGUACCCCAUGGAGGACAGUUCCUAACUUUUGGGGAGUCGUCCUACUUAGGCAAUCUUAACCUAAGUGGGAUUCCAUUUACCAAUAUAAGCGUCUGCAACAACUCUUCUGGCUAUGGCAACUGCACAAGUAUUGAGAGAAUUGGUGAAGCAAAGAAUUCAGAUGGUGAAAUGAUAGGAUGGGCAGUCGGACUUGGAUUGAGUUAUGGUUUGGGAUUCUCUGUUGUGAUUGGAGUAUUGACUUUAAAUAAGAGGGUGAGAAAGAGAGCCUUCGAUUUUUAUGAUGUUGUAAUUUUAGCUAUUGAUGGGUGUAUAAGAGGUUAA